AUGCCCUUUGUUCCUAGUAGCGUCCUUGCUCCUAGUAGCGAUGCCCUUUGUUCCUAGUAGCGUUCUUGUUGCUAGUAGUAUGGCCAGGAGCCCCUAGUAGCUUCUUGCUCCUAGUAGCGAUGCCCUUUGUUAUUGCUGAUUGUGAUUGCUGUCAGGCAUGAAAUUCUGCAUGUUUUAGUUUGCACAACCUUCCACACGUUUAAUGCCCCGCUUGCCUUGUGAUUGACUCAAGCCACUGGCUUUCCGAAAUGGCCUUGCGAUGGACGUUGUAAAACGUCGCUUGGAUCCUCGCAGCUAUGUGAAGCUGGUGGGCUCAGUUGAGGGCUGUUGUGUUGCUCCUUUGGCGGCACUUUGGACAUCUCCACCGGCCUCUGUGGUCAGGUGGGACCUUGCAGCAAAUGCUUAUCCAGCACCUUCUGGGCGAAAGGGACCAGUUGUUUUUGCAGGUUCCUUUAACCCACCGCACCACGGCCAUAUGGAGAUCAUCCGCUAUUUGAGUAAAGCAUUCUCCGAGGUGCACAUUGUCAUUGGAAUGAACCCGAACAAGAACUUUGGAUGCAUUUCUUGGACAUGCAGGCUGCUGCAUAGAUCACCUUGUUCAAAACGAAGAGCGAUAUACCCCGUGAGCCCAGAGACACGCAAGCAGAUCAUCGAGCAAGCAUUGCCAUUCAUUGGAGCAGGCAACGCGAAGGUGUGGGUCUGGGGCGAUGUGAUCUUCAAGCUUGCACAACAUGUCGGCGCUUCUGCAUUGUAUCGUGGUAUCCGCAGUUGGGAGGAAGACGGGAAGGCUGAACGAUAUUUGGAGGUUCAAAACAUUUGCUGGCCUAUGAUCUCUACAUGUGGGGGACCCUUUGGAACAUAUUAUGUCGAAGCUCCUCCCCGUUAUUCCUUCAUCAGUUCGACUUUGCUGCGUGCACGGCUGAAGUCUGGUGAAAGCAUUGAUGACAUUGUCCCAGCAUGUGUGGCGGAAGCAGUUAGGCAAGCCUAUGAUGGAAAGCUGUGAUGCUAUCCUCUUCCAAUUGGAGGAGCAAAGACGCUCAACACUCUUGGCUUGGAAUUGCAUUUGCUGGAGGUGCUUGAUGAAUCGCAGCACAGGGAACAUGGACUGUGCAGGGUUGGAAGAUUGGAACUCCAAUCCGUAGCCUACUCGCUACUCGCUUGUGCCAGACUGUCGUCCUAGCUUACGUGAUUGAUGCAUCCUUCUGAAUCGCUUUCCAUGUAUUUUACUGUAGCUAGUUGCACGUGUGCCAGUGGAGAUC